UUAAGGUAGGUCCAGAUAGUGGGCUACUUUUUAUUCAAUGAUUUAGGACUGUUUCAUUUCCUGAGCUCUGAAGGGAGUACCCUUCUUGGCGUUAGGCGAGUAGCCUGAACUGGUCUAGCGAUGCGCACAGAGAGCCAAACCUGAAACCGCCCUUUGAGAGGGAGAAGGGAUUCUUGAGCUCCGUGCAUUCAGUUCUCCCGUGGCCGAUUGGAUUGACAGAAUAGGUCAGGAUGCCCCUUGGAGAUCUAGAGGACGGGAAUGGAUGGAAAAAGAAGACGUCAGACAUCAAAGAAAACUAUGACUUCAAAGAAGUUCUGGGAACGGGGGCGUUCUCGGAGGUGGUGCUAGCGGAGGAAAAGGGGACACAGAGGCUGGUAGCCAUCAAGUGUAUCCCAAAGAAGGCUCUGGAGGGCAAGGAGAACAACAUUGAGAAUGAGAUCGCUGUGCUGCACAGAAUCAAGCACACCAACAUUGUUUCACUGAAGGACAUCUUUGAGAGCACAUCCCACCUGUAUCUGGUCAUGCAGCUGGUGUCUGGAGGGGAGCUGUUUGACCGCAUCGUAGAGAAGGGUUUCUACACAGAGAGAGACGCCAGCCAACUCAUCCACCAGAUCCUGGACGCUGUCAAAUACCUCCAUGACAUGGGCAUCGUACACAGGGACCUGAAGCCAGAGAAUCUGUUGUAUUACAGUAUGGACGAGGACUCUAAGAUAAUGAUCAGUGACUUUGGCCUGUCUAAGAUCGAGGACACUGGCAGUGUCAUGUCUACAGCCUGUGGGACCCCAGGAUAUGUGGCUCCUGAGGUGUUGGCUCAGAAACCGUACAGCAAAGCAGUAGACUGCUGGUCCAUCGGAGUCAUCUCCUUUAUUCUGUUAUGCGGAUACCCUCCGUUUUACGACGAGAACGAUGCUAAGCUUUUUGAGCAGAUACUGAAGGCAGAGUAUGAGUUUGACUCUCCGUACUGGGAUGACAUCUCCGAUUCAGCUAAGGACUUUAUCUGUCACCUGAUGGAAAAAGACUUUAUGAAGAGAUAUACCACUGAUAAAGCACUCCAACACCCCUGGAUCUGUGGAGACACAGCUCUUGAUAAGAACAUCCAUGAAUCUGUCAGUGCUCAGAUCAAGAAGAACUUUGCUAAAAGUAAAUGGAAGCAAGCAUUCAAUGCCACAGCAGUGGUGAGACACAUGCGGAGGCUGCAGCUAGAGAGCCCCAGCCAGAUCACCCCCACAAGCCCCUAUCAUGCCCACUCACUCCUGCUGCGGGAGGAGGACAAGGAAGAGGAGGGACCGUUGAUAGAGGAGGAGGAGAGCUUGCCAUACUGUGAGGAUGAGCCGCAGCGCGGUAGUGCAGAGGGCAGGUCCUACCGGGACAGUCUGACGAGUUGCACCUACUGCUGCAGGCCAGCCAGUCACGUCUGAGUGGCCACAGACCCCUCCCCUUUGUCGACAUGGGGAUACAUAUGUUUCCAUGGAGCCCCCCAGAACCCGCCCUGUCCGCCUAGUCUUGCCAUGAAUGCAGAGUGAUGUUAUGACAGGCUGUGUCCAGUAGAGUAGGGUGGUGAUGAGUCAGCCAGCAGCCAUGUCCAGAGCCACCUUCUAGCUCCAGAUGCUUGCCCAGAAUAAACCAUCUACAGAGUUUUGGAUGCAGGUAUUACUUUGUUAAAUUCAUUGUCCACAAACACUGAUGUUUGUGUAGAGUAUGCGGUAACACUUUACUUGACACCCAGCAUCAUAACACAUUAUGACACAGUCAUAACCAUGUCAUAAUAUGUCAUACCAGCUGACAUAACUUGUCAUAACCUGUCAUAAUAUGGUCAUAACACUGUCAUAACACAUAUAUUUAAACCUGUUGUGACAUAAUGGCAUUAUUUUAUGGCUCUACAUAAGAGUGUCAAAACCCACAUUUAUUCAAAUGUGUUUUUCACUGCCAAGAAGUUUCCUUUCAUUUUAAAGUCCUUUGUUGUUGUUAUGAAUUCUUUACAGACAUUUUUUUUCAUCAUAUUUUAAAUAACUUGCAGACACUGUUAUGAAGCUUUAUGACCUUCCCGUGUCACUUUACUUGGACUAAGAAAAUUCACUUUAUGACACUGUCAAGAAGCAUUAUGACCAUCAUAAUCAUAUAAGCCAGAUAGGCCUAUCACGUACAUUCCCUUAUGUCAGUAAUCAGUCACAAAGAUGGUGCCUUGUCCUGCUCCUGAAAUCUGCUCCUGCACUUAUCCCAGUCAUCAGCAACCUAGCAUUGACGUAGGUACAUGUCUGACAUCAAUUUGUGCUCAAUUACUGUACAAUGACAAUUUAAUAUGGUCAGUUUCAUAAAAUGGUAUAUAACAAACAUAUUAUUGAGAAGUGCGUUACGGUGUAACGGAAUGUUUUGCCUUGUGUGGUAGGUUUUGUGGGUUUUGACAUUUUUAUGUAGGUGUCAUAACCCGUAAAAAAGAUUAUGCAAUAUUUGUCACAACAGGUCUAAAUAUGUGUCAUGACAAUGUUAUGACCAUAUUAUGACAGGUUAUGACAAGUUAUGUCAGCUGUUAUGACAUACUACCCAC